AUGAGAUCUCUCUUAGUAGCCGUGUGCUUGGUUCUUGCAUUGCACUUUGGUGAAGCAGCCGUGUCUUGCAACACGGUGGUUGUAGAGCUUUACCCUUGCAUCUCCUUCGUGGCUCAAGGAGGAGCCGUCCCAACAGGCUGCUGCACCGGUGUCAGAGCGCUCAAUAGUCAGGCUCAAUCAACUGUGGACCGUCGCAGCGUCUGUCGUUGCAUCAAGUCUGUUGUUGGAGGAGUCUCUUACUCUUCUAACAACCUCAACAAUGCUCUCGCUUUGCCUGCCAAAUGCGGUGUUAAACUCCCUUACAGUAUCAGUCCUUCCACCAACUGCGACAGUAUUAACUAA